AUGCCGUCCAAAACUGAAUCCAACGGGGACACCUCCAUUGAGUCCAGCGGAACUUCCCAAGAAAUCAUCCAUCCAUUUGCAUGCUCUCGAUGUCCGAGAAGAUUCCCUUCCUGGCAUGCCUUAGGGGGUCACCAAAAUGCUCACAAGAAGGAAAGAAAUGAGGAGCAACGGCUGUACAAUGAGCGACUACUCGCAUUCAAGAAGCAGUCUCCUCCGGUGACUAUUCCACUUGCUGAACCAGUGAUUACGAUACUGAAUUGUUACUUUCAUGUGGGUAGCAAUGAUGGUCCUAUGGUGCAUAUUCUGUCCCUUGGUCCACAAACGCCGGUUUUCAUGGCGAGCGGCGUCAAUGGCGAGGGUUCUCAUCGAAAAAUCGAAAAUCCGCAUCCUCGUAACAAGGCUGGUAAUAGGAAGGGAAUAGGGUUGAACCUGUUUGGGCAUGAAGAAAGGGAUUUUGGGUCAUUUAGUGAAGCAAGGGAAGAUGGUGCUGCUGAUGAAAGCAAUGCAAAGGAGGAGGAGGAGGUGGACUUGACUUUGAGGCUUUGA